AUGUUUGGCAGCCUCGUCUUGUGGAACGCGGUGCUUGCGUUCUGGGCGCUCACAUCGCCGUCGUCGAGUCCGGUCAACACACUCGACGCGACGCAUGCGCCAUCGGCACCGCCCGUCGUUGUCCCGACGUCAGCGCCCACGAAUGCCGUGACGCCCAACAAAACGGUACUCCCGGUUCUCAAGAAACUCGUGGGCCAAGCCAAGCUGCCGCCCGCGCCGCCCGCAAAGCCGCUGCCGUCGACCAUUUCGUGUCCGGUGGGCCGCAAGGUGAAGCCAGGCGACACGGUGUACAUGACGCUCGACGACGGCCCGAGCAUCGGCAGCCGCAAGUAUCUUCUCCAAGCGCUCGGCCACAUUUCCGAAAAGAUUACGUUUUACGAGAGCGCCUACAACAUUUGCCCGCAAACGAGCAGCCUCGUGCUGGACUGCGACGACGCCGCCAAGCUGCCAGCGAUCGAGCUCAUGGCGUGGACCAUCAAGCAGGGGCACAUGCUGGCCGCGCACUCGGACUCGCACUUGUACGACCGGAGCACAGGCUAUUGCGACUAUGUCAAGAUGGGCGAAAGCACCAUCGUGCCGCCGCAGUAUGCAUCAUGUGGCCGCGAUGCAACCGCCGACAUUGUGCGAGGCGCGCUGCGCUUUCAAGAGACCAUGGCGCUCGCCGACGACGCGCUCUGGGAAAGCGCCGACGAGAAGGCUGCGUACGCCAAGCAAAUCGCCAACAUGUGGACAUACGCGCGAUUGCCGUGCUCCAAUGUGUGGCGCAUGGCAGGCGACUACAAGUUUGACAUGGGCUGGGGUUCUGAGACCUCAGCGACCGAGAAGGCAGCACGGAUCAGCGUUGCCGAUGCGAUUGCAACCGGUACCAACAAAUGCAAGCCCGAGACGUACAUGGGCAAACCAUGGUACACGACCGGGUGGGACGUCGAGUGGGCGUGGAAGGAGCUCAAGGACACAGCGGCCGAAAAGUGCCGGAUGAUCCAAGUGAUCGAGCACGAGUUUAGCCGGGCUGGCCGCGACCGACGCCGGAGCCAAGCAGUCGUUGUGCUUGGCCACGACUACCAUUACAACACGCCAGAGAAGGCUGCUAUGUUCCGCGACCUCAUCGUCGAGUUGAAGCUGCGCGGGUACGCCAUGGACACGAUCGAUCACCUCCAGCUGUGAAGAUCGAUAUUUUAUUCGUGAACGAUUUCGUGGUGGG